AUGGGGCGCUAUACCGGAGUGUGUUUGUGUAGGGUUGGGAUUUCACCUUAAAUAUUCAAAAUGGCGGACGGAGGAGCAGCGAGUCAAGAUGAGAGUUCAGGACCAGAUUCUAGAAUGAGUAAUCCGUCAGAAACAAAUAAAUGUGCAAUGGAGAGCGGGGACAGAAACACUGGUGCCCAAACAAAUGGACUGGACUUUCAGAGGCAGACGGUGCAAACAACAAAUGCAAUCACCAGUGCACAAGCACAAGCCUUGCUUCAACAGUUGACGCUGACUCCAGCACAACAGCAGCUCUUGCUGCAGCAGGCUCAGGCUCAGCUUUUGGCUGCAGCUGUGCAGCAGCACUCAGCCAACCAGCAGAGCAGCACCACGGGAGCGAGUAUCUCUGCCUCCGCUGCCACACCGAUCACACAGAUCCCCCUUUCUCAGCCCAUUCAGAUCACACCUCAGUUGCAGCAGCUGCAGCAGCAGCAGAACCUCAACUUGCAGCAGUUUGUGCUUGUCCAGCCAGGUCAUCCAAUUGCCGCCCAGCUGCAGCCUGCGCAGUUCAUCAUCUCACAGACGCCGCAGGGGCAGCAGAGCCUCUUGCAAGCCCAGAAUCUUCUAACUCAACUACCUCAAAGUCAAGCCAACCUCCUGCAGAGUCAGCCAAGCAUCACUCUUGCCACACAGCCAGCAACUCCGACCCGCACGAUAGCAGCUACUCCCAUCCAGACCCUCUCUCACAACCAGACAACACCAAAGCGCAUGGAAACACCCAGUCUGGAGGAACCCAGUGACCUGGAGGAACUGGAGCAGUUUGCCAAGACCUUCAAACAGAGGAGGAUCAAAUUGGGCUUCACUCAGGGGGAUGUUGGCCUUGCUAUGGGAAAGCUAUAUGGAAAUGACUUCAGCCAAACCACCAUUUCUCGCUUUGAGGCCUUGAACCUGAGCUUUAAAAACAUGUGCAAACUGAAGCCUCUGUUGGAGAAGUGGCUAAAUGAUGCAGAGAACCAGACGUCGGACCAGGGCCUGUCCAGCCCCAGCUCUAUUGGCUCUCCUGGGCUGGGCAUGGAGGGACUCAACCGUCGGCGCAAGAAGAGGACCAGCAUUGAGACCAACAUCAGAGUGGCCUUAGAAAAGAGCUUUCUAGAGCAGAACCAAAAACCUACCUCUGAGGAGAUCACCAUGAUUGCUGACCAGCUAAACAUGGAGAAGGAGGUGAUCCGUGUGUGGUUCUGCAACCGCCGGCAGAAGGAGAAGAGGAUCAACCCGCCUAGUAGCGGCAGUGCUGCCAGCACCCCCAUUAAAGCAAUCUUCUCCCCUUCUACACCUCUGACGGCCAGCACAGCUAGUCUUGUGACCAGUAGCGCCUCGACUAUAAAUCCUGUUUUGCCUCUUACCAGCACGAGCAUCUCCAGCAUUGGACUAACUGGCACGACUUUGGGCUCAACAAUUACCAAGACUGCAUCCGUUGUUUCCACGGUGCCUGCUGUGACCACGGCAACCUCGUCACCUUCACUCAGUCCCUCUCCAAGUGCGCAACAGGUCAUGUCGGCUGAGUCGGCAGUGACUCAGGAGCCAGCAAGCACUGUUACACAGGCACCCACCACGGCGGUGAACGCACUGGGCACAGGCCAGGUAAUGGUGGCUGCAUCUAGCCUGUCUGCUGCCUUGCAGGGAGCUGCACAGCUGCCUACCAGUGCCAGCAUCGCUGCUAUGGCUGCAGCCGCUGGCCUCAACCCAGGUCUCAUGGCCUCCUCACAAUUCACUCCUGGUGGGGCUCUGCUGAGUCUGGCUCCUGGUGGUCUGGGUCCAGCACUGAUGAGCAACAGUACCCUGGCCACUAUCCAAGGUGUGUGGAAUGCUCUGGCCUCAAGUGGGACUCUGCCCAUCACUUCCCUGGAUGGCAGCGGGAACUUGCUUUUUGCCAAUGCUGGCAGUACCCCGAACCUGGUGACGGCGCCACUCUUCUUGAACCCACAGAACCUGUCAUUGCUGACCAGCAACCCCGUGAGCCUUGUGUCUGCCGGAGGAGCUGCAGGGGCUGCUGGGGCCCUUAAUCUGCAUGUCUCUGCAGACCACAAUGCUGUCACCACAGCAACAGUGCCCGCCUCCACCAUCAGUACCGCUUCCAAGGCCCAGUGACAGCCCCACCCACUCUGGUCCUCCUCGUACUCCUCCUCCUUUGCAUCAAUCAUUAUUUAAUCUCUCUGCUACCACCAAAAAGAAACUUACUUAAAUUAAGUUCUAUUUUCUUUUUUUUUUUUUUUUUUUUUUCAUAACAUCAUCUUUUAUUUCAGAUUUCAGAUUUUCUAUUUCUGACCUUGUUGCCUGCUUUGGUUUUUCAGCAACAAACUUUAUGAAUGUUGGCAUUACAAGAGAGCCUAGUGUUAAGAUGGCCAUACUGUUUGGGCUACACGCUUGCUCUGUUGUUAAUGCAUAGAUGUUUUUAUUUAAGUGAUUUUUAUCUCAUUAUGCGUUUUGGAUUUUAUCUUGCUAAUAAUUCCUAAACACUCUUAACCAAAAACCACACUUUUUUUUAAUUUUUUAACUGUCAAAUUACACCUUUUUUGCAGCGUUAUUACCCUUUACUGUGAUUGUCAUUACUGAGGAACUUUUAUGAGACCUUUUAAUUUAAGCAGUUUUUGUAAAAGGUUCUGCCUUGCAGCCCUUUGCAACCUUAGUAUCUUUUUUUUUUCUUUUUUGGCUUAUGGUUUCUUUUAUCUGAUGCAGCUUUAGUCUUAUAUAAUUUUCAUAUGUGGUUACAAGGCUUUAAAGGAGUUGUAAGUGGCUGUGAUACGGUUUCAUUGCUUUAAGGAAUCGUUUUUAUGGUCGCUGUCUCGAAACACUGAUUUCACAGAAGAAACUCUCAACACUUGGUAGCAAAGGUUUUUAAACGCUUUCUAGUCUGGGUCUGAAGUGUGGACCCCGAGAUGGGCUUAUUUACGUAGGAUAAAUAGCUUUAAAGGAUUGCAUGAGCAGUCAUUACAAAGGUGACAGGUCUUGGGCUGCAAUAGCUGGGCAGUGUAGACCUCAGUCACUUGUAAAGAAUGUGGAGAUGGUGCACUGAGAUCUUCUGAAACUGUUGUGCUACUGCUUAGUGGCAUGACCAUUUGAUGCCUAGACUGUGACUUGUGUUCGUCCCAAAGUCUGUCAACCUCUUAAGGUCUUCCCAUCACAGGGUGUGCUGUCUGUGUAGUGUCAUGGUGGGGUUGAAAGAAUUUGCUUUUUUGUGUGUCUGUGUUUUCAUGGUUUAGGUCGUAAUAAGAAGAUGCCACCAGACGUCUGGUGGCAAUUGUAACAUUUCAAAAAGCAACUUGGCCCAGGGGAGGAAGGCCUGGUUGUCCUCUGUCCAAGAGAGUUUUAAGGUGUUUGUUUUUCUACUUGUGCACAGUACCUGUACCAAAAAAAAAAAAACUGGAUUUGAGAACUUUGAUCUGCCUGGUGUUUAGGGGUAAAAUGUCAUGUCUUUUUUUUUUUUUUCUUUCUUAGGUCUUUGGCUGGCCUCUCUUUAUGAUAUACCAAAAAUAUUUGUUAAAACAUGUUGCUGUAUAUUACCAUUGUAGCGUAGGGUUUAAAUAUUUAUGAGUGGAAGCUCUUGGUAAGCCACAGGAAAUAUUAAAAUGCAAUAUUUUGAGGAUCAUUUCCAAAGACAAAACUAUUUUUUAUUUUGGUUGAGAUGGCUUCCCCCGCUCUGCUCUGUCUUGUUUGUGCAGCUAACCAAAUAACCCGAGUGAAUGAGAAGAGUGGAGGUGGUCAGGACCAUGCACUGCAGCAAAAACACCCCAAAGUAACCUGACCUCCUCCAGGUCAUUGCUGAGAAGUCUUUGUGAGUGAGAGGCGAGAGGGGGCAGGGCUGACGCAGACGCCCUCUCUCUCCCUAAUAAUUUCAAAGAUGUGCUGUGUGCAGAUGGAAACAAGGUGCUUUUGUCUUACAGGUUUUUGUGGUCUGUGUGCUUCUAAGAUAACAGAGUGUUUUGUUCAUUAAUAGACUGAAAUAUCUACUAUUUAGGCAGGUUUGGGUCAAUAUUUAGGAGCUUUAGCAGACUGAUCUGUUUUUGUUUUUUUCCUUACCAAUGUAAUUCAGCCAUGAUGUAAAGCUUGAACCAAAGUUGUUUUCUUGCUAGCUGCUGUGCCUGUGGGGAUCAGCGAAAUGCUGGCCACACAAUCACCACUCUACACUACUGACAAGCUUCCUCAUGUCUUACGUCUGUAAUUUACCAAACUCGUACAACUCUUAAUGAACAUAGUUAAAUGAGUUGUGUUUAGCUUUAAAGUGUAAUACAGCUCAUGCUGUAGUCACGUCUUCUUUUAAAAUCUUUUUAGUCAUUUUAAAGUAAUGUUGAAUAGCAUAGGUAAUGGCCUGCAAGUUCUGAGUAUUCCUCAUGUUGCAUUUCUUACCAUGAUCUAUGUUUUGAGCCACUAAUGUGUAAUUCAAGAGGCUCUUAGGUCUGAUCCCGCCCACUUCAAAAAGUUCACUGGAAUCUACUUGCAGCAUUAGCAUUUAUGCUUUUGCUACUGUAGUGUAAAAGACUGUGUGGACUGGAAAAAUCCUGAACCACUCCAUUUUUAUUUGACUGUCCUCUAAGCCUGGCACAGCACUGGUACACAUAAACACAAUGAGGCUUUAAACGGUACAUAGGGUGGUAUAGCAAAACCACUUUUUACAUGGAUGGAGUUAAUAUCCAGUCAGAAUUAAUCUACUGUUUUAACUCUUAACUUAUUAUUAUUUUAUUAUUAUAAGUGGACUGUUUGUUUCUGGAGUAGCCAUGAUUCUGGUUUCAGCUCCUUAAUCAUACAUUCUUUACCAGAGAUGUCUAAUUAGAGGGUGUACACUGUCAGCUAGACAGCAAGUCACAUACAAAUGAACUAUAAAAACAUGUCUUGUGAACCUCUAAAGCUUACUGGCAUUUAGAAUUUUCUGUUACCCUGUCUGCUGGGUUCCUUCCAAAACAGCCUUGCUUGUCAUAUUUUUUUCUAAUUACCUCAUCAGCACUUAAACGGAAGGUUCGCUUUAAGCAAAAUGGCACCAACAGACAAGAAAUUUUAAUGUUUGAAUUGUACUGUCCUUAUACAAAUUUUUAAUAUUGCAUAAAAAGGAAACAUCAGCAAAAAGAUACAAUAAAAAUAACCCACAAUGUUAAGUCUAACUACUACUGCUGUUUGAAGUACUACUACUUGUAGGGUACCUCUGAUUUUAUUAUUUUAUUAUCCUACUUGCCAAAGUGAAAAAGCCUGUGUCUUUGUGGCUUGUUGCUGCUCACUCUGCUGGUUCUGUCCUGAGGCUGCCACACGGCCUUAUGAGACUUGUAGUUUUAUGUAUCGCCGUUGUUUUAGUGCAGUGGUGUGGUGCCAGGAUGCGUGAGAAGUUACUGAAAUAUUUAUCUGAGGAACGACUGAAAUAUUUAGAGAAAUUUGUUUCCCUAAAUACUAUAUAUAGAUAUAUAAUUAUACAUAUGUUAUGUACUCCUAUUUUAUAAUUCAGCUAUCAUAAAGAUUGAAUGUAGUCUUUUGUCAUACUUAUUCACAAAAAACACCCAACCAAAAAAAAAAAACGGCAAAAACAAAUAAUACAUUACUUUUUAUGAUGGCAAUUUAAACUAAAAAUUAAAACCCUCAAGACCAAAAAUGUAACACCACACUCUUUGGAUGUGGACCUAGCUGUCAUUUACACUCUCCACAAUUUAAUAUAUUUUGUUAAAUAAGGGGGCUUGCUAUGGUGUACCUAGGUUUUACUGUUACCUGGGAAAUGGACCCAAAAAGCACCUGAUCUUAACUUUCUUUAAAAUUUUAUUGACUUGGUUUGCUGUGUUGUUUUUAACAAUCAUUUCAACUUAUUUACUUUAUUUUAUAUAUAUUUUUUGUAUAGCAUGAGGGAGCAACAUCACUGGCUUUCUUAGUUUAACAAAAUUAACUUAUACUUAUCAUUUAUGCCUUACUAUUAUUUUAGAAGAUUGAUUUUUGUAGCAAAUUAUAGUAUGUCAGUUUUUAAAUGCAUAUUUGUGUGUGUUUGUGCUUGGAUGAAUGAAAGGAUGCAUUCCUGCAUGUUUUUGUGUGUAUAACAUUGAUUGCUGAAAUAACGCUGUGAGUAUUGGAUGUUUUUUCAGUUUAGACAGUUUUUGGUGUUGGAAAAUGUUGCUACCUUUUUUUUUUUUUUUGGUUGUGACUUAUGCAGGUUGGAAACCUGUUGCAAAAAGCUUUACUAAUAACCCAAUUCCAGCUGUUGUAAAGGUGAACGGGGUUGACUUAGUUCUAAGUAGCUGUGCGUUCGCUUUCGGAGGUCAUCCUUCAGGGAAGAUAUUUCUCUGAAUUUAUUUAAAUUGAUUGGAAGUAAGACUUCCAAUGAUCAGUUUGGACACAAACAGAAAACCUUAACAGCCUGUCCUAAAUUUCUGAACGCAUUUCCGACGGACUGAGGCAGCAGUGACCACUUGGCUUUAUGCUUUUAACCUGUGAUUGGAUUGAGUGGUGUUCAGGAUAUGCCAGAUAUGACUGAUUAAGACUUUGCAUUUCUGCAGCAAAUCUGGUGGCGUGUUAUCUGUAGAUAAGUGCUCUGAUGAGCGGUUGCAUUAGAGAUUUUGUUUGUUGAAACAGCUCUCAUAUUGUCCUGUCGUUUCUGGCCUGUAGGUUGCUGCAGGAGGCCUUCAGUCCAUUGCUAGAAAAGGAUAAUGUUGGAAGCAGUCAUAAGCCCAAUGGCUGAGUUUGCUGGAAUGGGUAAAGGAGCUGUUGUUAUACCUCAUUUCUAACUCGAGAGAGAGUAAAAACUUGCUUUAAUCUAUUUUGAAAAAAACAAACAAACAGAAAGAAAACAAACAAAAAAAAUCCUAAUAAAAAAAAAAAAUCCUGUCCUGAAGGAGAACUGCAGAUGUCUAACAUAUAGGGUGAGGGUCCAGCAGCUGCUACAGAGACACACUACACACGUAUACACACAUUAAUGACAAACUUGUAGAGUAUGACUCUGUUUGACUUUUUUUUUAUAUAUAUAUUUUUUUUAUUCCUCUUUACCCUUAAUUGUAGUGAAUGCAUAUUAUAGCCAUAUUUAUUUUGCACCUUUGUCUUUGUAGUAACCCUUGUAGUUUGUUUUUAUGAUUUGACAAUCGUCUCUUUAAUGUCCUUUAUUUGUAUGAAUGUAAUUGCAGGGCUUAUUUUGUGUAUGUAUGUGAUUGUGUGUGUAUGUUUGCGUGUGUGUCCUCUUCGUGGCCCUUACAGUCCUCAGCCCUCAUCCUCUCUGUGGUAACCAAAGACUUACAAAGUGAUUGUAUGGACUCAGCUAUGUCUCCUUCUACCCUCCGUUCAUGGAUCUGAGAUCAUAAGAUGAAAAGGACAGAGGGCAGGCUUCUCCAAGGGACUUGUAAAAAUUAACCCCUCCUUGACUGGGUGAUGUUAGUUAGUACACACUGAAGGACAUCCUGUGCACAUUGCAACCUGCUCAGGAUGAACUGUCUGCUCUCUGGACUCAAUGCCUUUGUCUUUAUAGCCGUAACAAAGCAAAUCUGUUUCUAUUUGUGUCUCUAACCAAAAACACACAGGCUACUUUUUUUUUGUACUGACUUUUUUUUUUUUUUUUUUUUUCACUGUGCUGUUUUAAGUUAUCUUUUACGAUUUGUUUCAGCUCUUUCCGCCAUCUUGAUUUCCCUGUGCAACUAUGCAUUGUUGUCCUGUUUGCCGCCGGGGCUGUGUCUCUGCUACACAGCUCUUUAACCAAAUGGGUCUUUGACUCUUCACUCAGCAGCUUUAUAUGGAGUGCAAGGUCAACAGACGCUACAAGCUCUAUCCCAAAGCAAAAAUCCAAAUAUGAAAUGUUUGACACAUGCAGAUACCAAAGAUGACACUGUCUUUUGUCCUGUUUCUCUCUCUUCCUCUCCAAGCCCUUCAGCGUGUGUAUUAAGGAACAGAACCCAGCUCUGACAUUUAGUCUUAACCUCAGUAAUUCCAAAGCUUAGAUGUAUAUUUUGGUAUUUUUCUGAAAUACUUAGGGGGGAAAAAAGCAAAAACAAAAGUGGCAUUUUAAAUUUUUGAUUUUGUUGGAUGUAUUGCUCUUUUUCUGUCACAGCAUGGAAUUAACUGAAGAAUUGUCUUACUAUUAGUAGGUUAAACAAAUAGUAUUUUUAUACGUUUUGGGUGUGUCUGUGUAUGUGAUUCAGUUUCACUGCCCAAGUUACCAUUUUUUUUUGGUUGUUUUUCUUCUUUUUAACAAAUGAGGAAAAAAUAGGAAAAUGUACAUAGUGCUUCAGUCAAGGACUGUAAAUGGUCAUUCUCAUUUCCUACAGCUAAAGCUUUUUUUUUUUUUUUUUUUUCACCAGUGUCAUAAAGUAGAUUGUAUUUCUGUGUGUCAUAUUUGAACUCUAAGCCACUGUUGCAGUAGUGAGGAUCAUUUCUUGUAUCCUGAGUAUCACUAUGGAGCAGGGCUUUAAUGCCUCUCACUCUGAACUCAAGCUUUUGACAGGACUCUGCAACGGCUACAUCAUGGUAGCUUAGAACUGACCGAUUGUGUAGAAAUAGAAGUAUGUGAAUCAGGAUACAUGGUAGAAUUAGAUACAUUUUGUCUGCUGUAUUUUUUUUUAUAUAUAUAAAGAUAAUCUUUACUGUAACUGUACAGAUCUCUUUUGUUGUAAACAUCAUUAAACCAUUUUCCAAGUG